CCCAGUGCAUCAAAACAACACAAGCACCAUGUCACACUGCCACGACGAACAUGAAGGCCACGGCCACGGACACGGCCAUUCACACGGCGCCCACGACCACUCAGACGACGUCACACCAGCCCUGCAGAACAGCCUCUACAAACAGAUCGACUUCGACGCCAUCAACACAUUGAACGAAAGCUCCUCAGGCUCCGGAAGCAAAAUCUGCAAAAAGACUUGGGACGAGCGACUGAAUCCCGAGCCCGAGCUCUGCAGCGAUGCCGAUGAACAACUAUUGAUGCACAUCCCAUUCACUGCCCAGAUCCGUCUUCAUUCAGUCAUAAUUCGCACAUCGCAGACCGACUCCGCGCCGCUCACGCUUAAGCUCUUCAUCAACCGCGACGACCUCGAUUUCGGAACCGCUUCAGAGGUUCAACCUACACAGACGCUGUCGCUGUCGCAGACCAACGAUAUCCAAGAAGUCCCUGUCAAACGUGCCCUGUUCAACACUGUCCGCUCACUCGACCUGUUCUUCGAGGAUAAUUGGGGAAGAGGCGAUGAGGACGAGACGCGUAUAUCAUAUCUGGGCUUCAAGGGCGAGUGGAUGGCUCUCAACCGUGAGCCUAUAAACUUCAUGUAUGAGGCUGCCGCAAAUCCGAGCGACCACAAGAUGGUCUCUGGAGUUAGAGGUGAGGUGGGCAGUCGUCUGGGAGGUGCUGGAGGAGGUGGAAAUGGCAUGUAAUCACUUGGACCCAGGACAACAGGAGGCAGUUUGAAGAGGGUAUAAUACACGACGCUAAGUGUUGCUCCGCAAUUCAAUCUGCUACUUGCGUAUCUGGUAAUACAUCGGCGCAUACUCUGUGAGCCAAUCUUUUUCAAUCUUCGUAAUGUCUCUGAUGAAUGUCUUGUCUCCUGUUUGCAUCACUUCGUGGAAGAUGACCCAAUCUGCCUUGCGGUUAAACAUCAAAGAGCUAGGAUGGGCAUGGAGUGUCAUACUACCAUCAACUGUCUGAAACGUUCCGUCCGCCUGCAUUCUUGCAGCAUGCACAAAGUAACCUGAUGUCAAGCAUCGUCGAAUCUG